AUGCACUGCCUUGCCAGCCUGGUCCUGGCCCUGCUGGCCCUGGAGGCCACCCUCACACUGGUCCCAGCCGCCACCUUGCCAGGGCAAGCCGCCGUGUGCCCCGACCUCAGCUUCUCCUCUUCCUCCUCCGAGGAGUCCUGCGUAAAUGCCUGUGUCACCGACCAGAACUGUCCCCAAGGCACCAAGUGCUGCACUCAGAGCCCCUGUGGCCGGUCCUGCAUGGUCCCCCUCAUCGUCCGUGUCCCGAAGGCUGGCCACUGCCCCCAGGUGCAGGCCCUGCCGAACCCCGGGCCCUGCACGGAGAUCAGCGAGUGUUCUGGGGACGACCAGUGUGACAGCAACAAGAAGUGCUGCUUCAGCCUGUGUGCCAUGAGGUGUCUGGAGCCCACAGCAGAGGACCACCUUCAGUGA